AUGACUACCCAACUAAGGUAUGAAAAUAACGAUGACGAUGAAAGAGUAGAACAUAAUCUCUUUACCAAUAGAUCCACCAUGAUGGCGAAUUUUGAAGAAUGGAUCAAAAUGGCUACAGAUAAUAAAAUCAAUUCCCGAAAUAGUUGGAAUUUCGCAUUAAUUGACUAUUUUUAUGACUUGGACGUUCUGAAAGAUGGCGAGAAUAACAUUAAUUUCCAGAAGGCAUCUGCCACGUUGGAUGGGUGUAUUAAGAUUUACUCUUCUAGAGUUGAUUCAGUGACAACGGAAACAGGUAAGUUAUUGAGUGGGUUGGCUCAAAGAAAGACGAAUGGGACACCUAACGGGGUUGAUAGUAACGGCGGAAAUGGUGACGGGCUGGAAGGUGAAGCCAACGAAGCAAGUGUACAGAUUGAUCCCUUGACUGGUAUGCCUAUAUCGAGCGAUCCUGACGUGAAUAAUACUAGACGGAGAGUUUACAACAGGGUUUUAGAGACCACAUUGGUGGAGUUUGAAACGAUUAAGAUGAAAGAGCUAGACCAGGAACUAAUAAUUGACCCAUUAUUUAAAAAAGCUCUAGUUGAUUUUGAUGAAGGUGGCGCCAAGAGUUUACUGUUGAACACAUUAAACAUAGACAACACUUCUAGAGUUAUUUUCGACGCAUCCAUUAAGGACACACAACACGUUAAGCAAGGUGAAAUUCAAAGUAAAGAAGGAGAGCUAAUUGAAGGCGAUAGUCUAGUGGAUGACGAGAAAGAACCCAGUCAGUCAUUGAUAUGCAGUCGUAACGAUUCAAUAGUAAAUGGUUCGGCUGUCAGCGCACCCUCGGUGGAAGAUGAGAUUUUAUCUCUUGGUAUGGAUUUCAUAAAGUUUGAUCAAAUUGCUGUUUGUGAAAUUUCAGGAUCAAUUGAACAACUAAGGAACGUUGUCGAAGAUAUUAAUCAAGCGAAAGGUUUUAUAGAAAACGUGAAUAAUAAAUUCGAUAACUUUUUAACUGAGGAGGAACUGCAAGAAGCUGUCCCAGAUAAUGCCGAAGACGAUAUCGAUGGAUUUGAUAUGAGCAUGCAACAGGAGCUAGAAUAUCCUGAUGAAAAUAAUGAUAAUACGUCACAUGAUGAACAAGAUGAUGAAAAUAUCAACACUACUACAGGAAGUAUAUUCGAAAAAGACUUGAUGGCAUAUUUUGAUGAAAAUCUAAAUAGAAACUGGAGAGGAAGAGAACAUUGGAAAGUACGAAAUUUCAAGAAAAUGAAUCUAGCGAAUAAAGAGUCCAAUCUGUUAGAAGAAACGCGAGCUGUUAUAGGGGAUACUACUGAUAAGAACACAACAGACGACAAGCCAGCAGAUACUAAGAAGAAGAAUAAGCAGAAAAAGGCUCUGGAAAUUGACUUCUUCAAAAUAGAUGAUGGUUUUGAAGACAAAAUCUUCGCGCCAAAAGGGAGGACAAAGAUUGAUAUGCCGAUUAAGAAUAGAAAGAAUGACUCUCAUUAUCUACUACCGGAUGACUUCCACUUUUCCACCGAUAGGAUAACAAGAUUGUUCAUUAAACCGGGACAGAAAAUGAGCUUAUUCAGUCAUAGGAAGCAUACCAGAGGCGACGUUAAUUCAGGGCUUUAUGAAAAGAGUACAGCUUCUGUCAACAAUUCGAAUAAUGACGCUCCUGCUAUUGCAGAUGAACACUUUUGGGCAGAUAAUUACGAAAAGAAAGAACAAGAGGAAAAAGAAAUGGAGCAGUCUAAAGAGGUUGGUGAUGUAGUGGGUGGAGCGCUGGAUAAUCCCUUUGAAGAUGACCUUGACGGUGUUGACUUUAACCAAGCUUUUGAAGGGACAGACGAUAACGAGGAGGCCAGUGUGAAACUCGAUUUACAGGACGACGAAGAUCAUAAGUACCCCAUCCGCGAAAACAAAGUCACUUAUUCAAGAGUUUCAAAAAAGGUUGACGUAAGAAGACUAAAGAAAAACGUGUGGAAAUCGAUCAACAACUUGAUACAAGAACAAGACACGAAAAAAAAUGAGAAGGCAAAUUCCAAUGACAAUGAAAUCUAUAAAGAAGACGAAACAAUCAAGGAAUUGAAAUUUUCUGAUAUUAUUCAGGGUAUAAGUAAAAUGUAUUCGGAUGAUACAUUAAAGGACAUUUCAACAAGCUUUUGUUUCAUAUGCCUUCUGCAUUUAGCCAAUGAGCAUGGGUUGCAGAUAACUAAUACCGAAAGCUACGAUGACCUGGUCGUGAAUUAUGAGGAUCUAGCAACAGCACAAGCAGCAUCAUAA